AUGACCAGAGGAUUCAACUUCCUCACGGCCCUGAUCGCCUUCCUGCCCUUGUCAUCACUCGCACAAUCCUCAUCAAGCUGUGGACCCGUUCCCUCAGGGGCCAUCAAACCCUCUGUCGCGUCCGGCUUUGCUGUGCAAGUCGUCGCAACUGGCUUGUCCAAACCACGUGGUCUUCAUUUUGACAAUGCCGGGAAUCUAUUGGUGGUGGAACAAGGAAGAGGCGUGGUCUCUGCCCACACAUUGAAUGAGAACGAAGGCUGCAUUUCCGUUGAAUCUUCGGUUGAUGUGACCUCCAGACUGAAUCUCAAUCACGGCAUUGAAAUGUCCAACGAUGGUAAAACACUAUAUGCGUCGUCGGCUGAAGCAGUUUACUCUUGGAGCUACGAUGAGUCGGCUCGAACCGUGUCAAAUCAGGCCCGUAUUGUGGCCAACAUGACCACUAAUGACCAUACCACCAGAACCCUUCUCCUUUCACAAAAGGCUCCUGGGCUGCUUGUGGUCACAAGGGGAAGCACUUCCAAUAUUGAUAUUGAUGCUGCAAGUUUGGCCUCUGGCCAUUCGCAGGUCAAAGCCUUCAACUUGACUAACCGUACUGGGGUGUACGACUUCGACAUCGAUGGCCUCCGUCUUGGCUGGGGUUUGAGGAACGACGUUGGAGUUGCAGAGCAUCCUGCAAGCGGCGGCAUCUACACCGUUGAAAACUCGGCCGAUCAGUUGACACGAAUGGGAGUCGAUAUCCACGAGGACAAUCCAGCGGAAGAACUGAACUUCUUGGGGUAUCUUAACGGCCGGGAAUAUGCCGCUCAAGGAGGUAAUUUUGGUUACCCAUGGUGUUUCUCUGCAUGGGGAGUCGGCGACCUCCCUGACAAUGGCAACUUGACUGUCGGAAGUCAGUAUGCGGUCGAUGCAUCCCCGGAUUCGAACAACCAGAACAAAACAGAUGCUUACUGUGCGCAACAAGAGCCCGCCCGCCUGGUCUUCCAAGCGCAUAUGGCACCUCUCGAUAUCAAGUUCAAUCACAGCGGCACUGAGGCAUGGGUAACAUUCCAUGGCAGCUGGGACCGAACGCAGCCCGUAGGUUAUAAGGUAUCAGUGGUGGCAUUUGACAAGGAUGGAGAACCUGUGGAUUCCCUUGAUAGUAAGGAUGCUGCACGAGAUGUCUUGACAAACCAGGAUAAUUCGAAGUGUCCGGACGAUUGUUUUCGGCCUGCCGCAAUGGCCCUCGAUUUGCAUGGACGAUUGUACGUCUCGUCGGAUGCUUCAGGCGAAAUAUAUCUGAUUACAAGAGCCUCGGGUACGAAACUUCCUGGUCCGACACCAACAUCAUCCUCGACAAGCACAUCCACGGCGACAAAUAUAGCAGGCAGUAUCGGAUAUGCAUGGUCGUCAGGAGCCGGCCAGUUGUCGUUCAUAUCGAUGUUGCUGGCCUUGCUGUUGUAA